GGCCCGGGCCGGCCGCGCUCGCCGCCGCGAGGCGGGGCGCCCGUGGGGCGUCGCGCGCCUUCACGGGCCGGCCGCACCCGAUCGUAGAGGAGGAGGAGGAGGGUUCGCUGGAUGCUCCAGCGCGAGCGGAAGGGCAGGAGAGGGCGUCGGGCCCCUCAGCGGCAGCGGCGCCCAUGGGCGCCUCCCCGCCGGCCCGCGCCGUGUGCAGCUGCUGCGUCCAGAGGGACCAGGGCGAGUAGCGGGCCCUCCUGGAUAGGUGGCGGGGCAGGUGCGCGGCAGGAGCUGGCCUCCUACGGCAGCAGCGGCAGGCGCCACUCCGCAGGCAGCGGCGGCGGCGGAGGCUGCCUGGCGGCGAGCGCCAGCGCGUCGGAUGGGUGGGGUCUGAACACGGGGCUCUGCAUCGUGUGCAAGCAGUCCAGCGCCAGCACCGCCUGCCUGCCGUGCGGGCACAUACUGGUGUGCUACCCCUGCUCCAUGAGGUACGACAUGCCCAACGGCGCGGUCCACCCAGACACGAGGUGUCCUUGCUGCAAGACGCCGGUGCAGCAGUUCCACCGCGUCUUCACCCAAGCAAGAUCCAGAGAGCAGCGAUGAGUGCGGGGAGCUGAGGGCUGCGCAGAUGAGUACAUAGAUCUUGUAGAUUGUAGAGCAACCGUUUACCAGUGAAGGUGUUGGGA